UCAUCCAAAAACCUGAUAUAUAUCAGCCCAUGGUACACCAAGUAACAGACCUAAAACCACACACCCACUACCUUGUUAAAGUGGCAGCAGUUAAUGGAAAUGGUGAAGGGCGCUUUAUUAAUGCAACAGCAAAGACUGAGGAAGAAACGCCACAAAAACCUGGUAGUUUAAAAGCAACUAAUAUACAGGCAAAGACUCUUACAUUAUCUUGGGAUGUAGCAGGUCCCCCACCUGGCAACACAACCUACACUAUAGAGAUGCAUGAAGGGACUGAUGAUACUGGAACACACUUUAUCCUGAAACAACCAAAACUGUACACAUACGGUUUUCGCCAGAAGUCAUUGCCCAUAGUUGAACUAGAGGAAUACUGGCCAUACAAGUUCAAAGUAAUUGCUGCUACAGUAAAAGGGAUUAAUGAAUCAGAUUUAUCAGAUAUUGUCAGAACAAAACAAGCAGCACCAGGGCCAGUGGAAAACUUGACUGUCAAUAUUAAAGAUGAGAACUACAGAGUGGCAUACGCAUAUUGGAACAUUCCAUCACUGAGGAAUCGGAAUGGUGUCUUAAAAAAUUAUCAUUUCAAAAUCACUCAUAAUGGGACAGAUAUAUUAACAGGAACAAUUCCAGUCUCCCUCCCAAUACAACGUGUUAAACAAUAUUUUACAGUUGUGCCAGAGGAAGCAUAUACAAUAACAGUAUAUGCCACAAAUAAUGAGAGUAUAUCAGGUCAGGAUGCCCAGCAUACCCAUACAGUACCUGCUGGUCGUCCUCCAAUAGACAACAACAUAGAAUUGAUAAGUACUAUGCCAGGUCUACACAAGUCUUCACAGCAAACCAUCACAGUAGAACUUAACACAGAUUUCUUUAGAAAUGAUUUAAACGGAAUACUAGUUCUAUUUGGAAUAACUGUGUGUGAAAAAUCUAAAUGUAAAAAUCACGGAUCAUUAAGUGUAAAAGAAAAUUGGGAAAGGCUACCAAACUGGCAUGAUGCCAGUAAAACUGGAUUUCCAUUAUAAAGAGUCACAAAUCAAACGUACAUGGACGAAAUCAGGAAUGGAGGAUCCAGAAGAAAAAGAUCAACAUCAUCUGAAUUUACCAUUGGUGAAGAUCCAGCAUGUUCCUCAAUGAGUUCCAAUGUAUACUGUAAUGGACCUCUUAAUUCUGGACAAUCAUACAGGGUGAUUUUAUUUGCCUGUACAAAUGGAGGAUGUACACACUCCGUCCAAUAUGGGCCAUAUUCAACAAUUAAUAUACGAGAUGAGGAUGAAUUCCCCGUUGGAGCUGUUGUAGGAGGGGUGGUAGCCGCUGUCACUGUAGUAUUGGUCAUCAUUAUAGCCAUGGUGGUCGUUAAACGACGCAGGU